CCUAGGCCAGAUGCAAAUCCUGACGCUCCAUGUCUCCAUUUCUCCACACCAGAUGGCAAGAGGCCACCCCCGAUUAGAAAUUCUCUGCGUCAAAGAGCUUUCCUUUGAUGGAUCGAUGACCUGCUCCUGGCUGCUAUUUAGAUCUUGGAGGGACCCGUUACCAUGCAUCCCGUGCCUAUCUGGUUUUUCCUGUUGUCAAGCGAUGUGUUGAUAUGACUGAGAAGAUCACUACGAUAAACAUAAUAGACUCUUUGUAACUGUACACUACAAAAUACCCUGAAGAUACAUAGCGCAAAAAGACCAAUGACGCAGCGCGACAACACCGACCGGGAAGCCGGCUCCGGCGGCCAACCCACCGAGUUCGACGUCGAGUUUCUCGGCCGACAACGCCCGGCCGUCUUCAAGUCCCAAUGGUCCGAACUGGGCUUCUGCUUUUCCCUUUUGGGAUCCAUGUUGAUGGCUGAAUACUUUGUCAGUGGCUUUCACAUCAUCCUGCCGCCCCUCGCAGAAGAGCUCGACAUCCCCGCCGCCUCCCAAACAUGGCCCUCGAGCGUCUUCUCUCUCGUCACCGGCGCCUUUCUCCUCCCGCUCGGCAGGCUGGGUGACAUGUACGGCGGCUACCUGACCUUCAACAUCGGCCUCGCCUGGUUCUUCAUCUGGUGCCUCGUCGCCGGCUUCAGCAACAACUACAUGAUGCUCAUCGUCUGCCGAGCCCUCCAAGGCCUCGGCUCCGCUGCCUACCUCCCCGCCGGCAUCAUGCUCCUCGGCAAGAUCUACCGCCCGGGGCCCCGCAAGAACCUUGUCUUUGCUCUGUACGGCGCCUUCGCGCCCAUCGGCUUCUUCUUCGGCAUCCUCAUCGGCGGCGUGUCGGGCCAGUUCCUCAACUGGCGUUGGUACUUUUGGCUCGGCAGCAUCGUCCUGGGUAUCAUUGCCGCCGUGUCUUUCAUCACGAUCCCGCGCGACUACGGAGACAAGCGCCAGAAGAUCCGCAUGGACUGGUGGGGCGCCGCGACCAUCGUCCCCGGCCUGCUGCUCGUGGUUUAUGCCAUCACCGACAGCUCACACGCGCCUCAGGGCUGGGCGAGCCCCCAGAUUCUCGUGACGCUGAUCUUGGGCGUCGCUUUCCUCGUGGCGGCGUGGUACGUCGAGAGCCGCGUAUCUGCAAACCCUCUGCUGCCAGGCGACCUCUUUGCCCCCAAAUCCAUGAAGACGCUUGUGGCCGCCCUCUUCUUCGCCUACGGCACUUUCGGUCUCUUUCUCUUCUACUCGAGUUUCUACAUUGAAACGGUGUUGCACAAGUCGCCGCUUCUGACGGCCGUGUGGUACGUGCCCCUCAUCGUCGGCGGCAUCAUGAUCGGCACCGUCGGCGGCUUCACGCUGCACCUCCUCCCCGGCAGAGUACUUCUCGCCAUCUCGGGCACGGGCAACCUUCUGAGCGUGCUUCUGUUCGCCAUUAUGCCGGAUAACCCAAACUACUGGGCCUACGUCUUUCCCGCCAUGAUCUGCGGUACCAUCGGCAUCGACAUCACUUACACGGUCAGCAACGUCUUCAUCACGACCAACCUGCCCAGCCACCGCCAGGGUCUCGCCGGCGCGCUCAUCAACAGCCUCCUGUUCCUGGGCAUCAGCUUCUUCCUCGGCAUCGGCGACGUCGUGGUCGGCGAGACGACCGGCCUGGGGCUCAAGAAGAGCUACCAGGCGGCCUUUUGGUUGGCCACCGGCGUCGCUGCCGUCGCGCUGGUACUCUACGCUCUCGUUCGCAUCGGCUCCGCAAAAAGCGACCUCACGAUGGAAGAGCGCGAGCAGCUCGCCGCAGCGGAUGCCGAGGCUCGAUCACGGUCGUUGGAUAACACGUCGACGAUGCACGAGGAUGUAAAUGACCAAGACGCUUCGGCGACGGCGACCGACACCGAUGCGGAAAAACGCAAGCCGUCUGCGCCGGAGGAACAGGUCCCGGGGAGGUGAAAGAGCGAUCGACCACCAGAAUUUUUACGACCGUCACGUUUUUGAUGAACAUUUUCCUUCCAACCUUGGUUGUUGACCGCCUCGAGAAGUUUGAAAGAAGAAGGCGCACGCAUAACGUCGUAUGGAACUAGACAAAUUAAUUGAUUCGGAGGUGUGGAGACUGGGAGAGGACAAAACCAAUAUGUUUGCCAUGCAGGAACGAGAUUGGGUAAUACGCCGCGCCAACCUCCAGGUUCCUGGUGGAGGGGUGAGGAUCAUCCAUCACGAGGACAGGAGCUGUCGGGCGCAGAAAUUCCACCAUGGACCUUGAGGUAAAUAUUGUGCGAAAACGAACCAGGCGACGCGUGUUACGACUUACGCACUCGAGAGUCAUGAAAGGCAGAGAGACUUUCUGCCUCGCACCCCCGAGAAGCCGCGGCUCUGAGGAUAUCGACAGGCCCAGAAAAAGAGGCAAACUCCACACAAUAAUUCUGGAUUCCGCGGAACCUCCUCAAGGCUCAUCAUCUCAUGGGCGGAGGUUGCAUCGAAUUGCGCCCAGCCUGAUUUCCUCACCAAGAAAUUUUACCCAAGCUCGUACCGCCCGCCAAGUUUUCUGUGUGAGCGGCGCGCGGGAGCGGGAGAGAAGCACGUCUUUCUUAGCCGUUGCCACUGUUCCUGAACGCCGAGACUUGAAGAACACAGGGGAAAACAACAGAGCCAAGACAGAUCAACGCCCUGAAGCCUCUAAAGGCUCUUCCAAGACUCCCAUCGAAAAGUCUUGGGAGCCCAGGGUUGGAAACUGCCAACUCUCCGAGAUAACCGUCUUGGCAACGCUUCUUGGCAUUGUCGAUUUACAGUGAGAAGGCUAAGUGAGUGGUAGGAACGACGA